CUCUCUCAAAACCAGUCGACCCCAUAGGGAUUCCCCUGAAUCUGUAAAUUAUUUGAUCCUCAAACUUCAAAUUAGGGUUUCAGAAAACUAGGGUUUAAAGGAAAGAAUCGGGGUUUCUAAAGAAUAAGGGAUUCGCAACUUAGAGUUUCGGAGAAUUGGGUUAUUUGCUUGUUUGUAUUAGUUGCAGAGGAGCUAGAAUGGGAAGGCCUAAAGGCGAUGGGAAUCGGAGCAAAACCCGCCCCUCCAGUAGUAGCCUUGCAGCGUCGCUUCUGCCAUCAGGGUCAGCUAACGUUGGUUUUGGUGGAUUUAUUGGGAGCUCUCGGCUCGAAUUUCCUCAAUCAACUGAAGAGAUCACACCUCCUGAUGUGGAUGGUGAAGUGGCUCAGCACUUAAAAAGGCUUGGAAGAAAGGAUCCUAUAACAAAGCUUAAAGCUUUGACAUCUCUGUGUACACUCUUCAAGCAAAAAGAGGGACAGGAAAUUGUACAAAUUGUUCCACAGUGGGCAUUUGAGUAUAAGAAACUUUUGUAUGACAACAAUAGAGAGGUUCGGCGUGCUACCCAUGAGGCCAUGACUAGUCUUGUUGCCACUAUUGGGAGGGGUUUGGCUCCGCAUCUGAAGUCCUUAAUGGGCCCAUGGUGGUUUUCUCAGUUUGAUCCUGUGCCUGAGAUUUCUCAAGCAGCAAGGAAAUCCUUGCAGGCUGCCUUUCCAGCACAAGAAAAAAGAUUGGAGGCCUUAUUUCUAUGUACAAGUGACGUUUUCUUGUAUUUGGAUGAGAACCUAAAGCUCACGCCACAGGCAAUGUCUGAUAAAGCAGUUCCUAAGGAUGAGUUGGUGGAGAUGCAUCAACGAGUCAUCUCUUCAUCAUUGCUGGCAUUGGCUACUCUUAUUGAUAUCAUCUUGGGAAUGAAAUUCCAAAGAUCUGACACUGAAAGUGCAACUUCUGAACGAAAAAAUUCUGCCAAGGCCAAGGCAGCUGUAGCUGCAGCUGCUAUUGUGGAAACGAUGUUCACUACACAUAAACGUUUUCUUGAGAUUCUCAAGUCCCCAAGUCCAGGAGUUCGCUCAGCUACAUAUACUGUUCUAGGGAGUUUCAUAAAACAUGUUCCUCAUGUUUUUGGUGAAGGGGACAUGAAGGUCAUUUCUUCUACAAUUCUAGGAUCGUUCCAAGAAAAGGAUCCUACAUGCCAUUCUUCAAUGUGGGAUGCUAUCUUGUUGCUCUGCAAAAGAUUUCCAGAGUGUUGGUCCCUUUGUGCAGUUAAUAAGAAUGUGCUUCCACGAUUUUGGAGUUUCUUAAGGCAUGGUUGUUAUGGAUCACAGCAAAUUUCAUACCCAAUUUUGAUCACUUUCUUAGAUUGUAUACCCACCAAAGUCCUUGCUGGAGAUAAAUUUUUGCUGGAUCUCUUCCAGAAUCUAUGGACAGGAAGAUCUACCUGCUAUUCAUCUGCAGAUCGUAUGGCUUUCUUCAAGGCAUUUAGGGAAUGCUUUCUCUGGGGAAUAACUCAUGCAUCAAGAUAUGUUAAAAGAGAAGACGAUGUUACUAAGUUCCAACUCUUACUUAUUGAACGAGUCCUUUUCAUGCUUUUAUGGCGUGAAUACUUUUCGGGAGGAAACCAAGUUGAACGAGAUGGACUUGUUGGAUCCAUCAAUGGUCUCAUUGGGAACAAUCGUGAUCAGAAUCCAGAAAGUCCACUGGAUAUGCGGAAUAUUAAGCAAUCUCAGAGUUACAUACAGGACUUGGGAAAUUAUGUAGCUCAAAUUUUGUCAGAUAUCUUUAGGAAGGGACACAUUAUGCUCGAUGCAUUUUGUGUGUCAUUUCAAAGAGACUGUCUGGAGGCAAUUAAGCAAUUAGGGUGCCCAGAAAAAUCAACCAAGCAUGUGGAACAAAUUAUUAGCUUUAUGUGGUUAUUGGAGAAACAGGCGGUGCAAAAAGGUGAAAAUUGGCCUCUAGUUUACUUAGUGGGACCUCUGCUGUCAGAGUCUUUUCCAUUGAUUAAAUCAGUGGACCUACCAGCUGCUGUCAAACUAUUAUCUGUUGCCGUUGCAAUAUUUGGAGCCAGGUCUGUAGUUCCCUGGUUCUUGUCUUAUGGCAGAGAGGUAUCUCACAAACUUUUUGUUGAUGGAGAAGAUUCCAAGCUAAAGCCAGAGGUGUUUUUGCAAAUUUUUGAGGAUGAUUUUGUUCUAUGGUGUUUGCAUGGAGGAGACAGUUCCUCUCUUAGUGCACGGCUAGAUUUUUUGCUUUCUUUACUUGAAGACACUCUUUUCUAUGAUCAAUGGCGAAGGAUUCUUGUGCAUGCUACUAACCUAGAGGAUCUCUCUCAGACUGAUUCGAAUUCUUUGGAUGUUGAUCGUGUUGGUGUGCUAGCAUUGCUCAUGGAGAAAGUGAGAAGAAGAACUGGCAACAAAGAAUUUGGAUGUGAGUCAAGUGAUUCAAAGGGUUAUCUUCCAGAACACUUUCAACAUGAAUUAUUAGACUCAGCAGCCGUUUGUGUUUCCCGUCAUCCUUUAGGCAUCUAUCCAUCUUGUGCACGUUUUCUUGGGGCGGUUCUUGGUGGCUCAGCAGAGGAUGAUCAUAUUUCUCUUCUUUCAAGAAAUUCAUUGAUUAUUGUAUUUGAGGAACUUCAGAAAAAGUUAAUUUCAUUGUUGAUGAUCUCUUCUUUUACUUGGUCGAAGUAUGCAAGCUCUCUCCUGAUGUAUAGGGAGACUAAAGACAGCCUAGAGAAUCCAAGAUUGCCCAUCAGAGUGCUUGACAUGGCUAAGUUUGCUCUAGAGGUUCUUGAGAGUAGUUUCUUCUGCCUUAAGAACUUCGAUGAAAGUUGUGAAUUGGUUCCAUGUCUAUUGGCUACUACUUUUUUUAUUAAGUGGGAAAGCAGCAUGAUGACUCUGCACAAUUUGAACAUCAGUUUGGAGAGUUACAGGGACAAGGUUGAUAUAGAAGACCUUGUUUCAACAUUAGCAGUUGUUGUUCCUGAUAAUAUACGGGCAAUGAUUGAUCUUGGAGAAUCUACGCAUGCAAUCCAUUCUAAAAUAGGUGUUCGUUUCUGGAGGAGUCUCAGUUUGUACAGCAUCCAACAAUUAAGAAACAUUUUGAUUGCAACAAUCAGAUUCGCCCUUUUCAGUGAAGAUGUGUAUGAGACAGAUAAGGUUUUUAUUGUGUAUUCGGAGUGGGUAGUGGAGAUCCUUGGCCUCCUAUCUAGAGACCAUGAUGAGGAGCAAGCUAUGCUGGGCCAUUUAUUAUCUCAAAGUGAUUGCUGGCCUUUAUGGGUUGAGCCGCUUGAUGGUGAACCUGCAGCAGUCAGAUUAAAGAUCGAACAUUUGUGUACAGAUAUGCAGAUAUCGCGGCAUCAUCAGUUUGUUGCCUUUGUUGACAAGCUUGUUUCACGUCUUGGAGCCAGUAAACUUAUUGGAGGUUCUUUCUUGGAGAAUCAAUCAUCUUCAUUGUCAGAUGCACCUGUUGAGCUUGUCCCAUCACCAUCUGCUUGUUAUCUUCGAAUAUGGCUUGCAGUGGAAAUUUUGUGCACAUGGAAGUGGCAAGGGGACAGUGCUUCGGGUUCCCUCUUACCAUUUUUUACUGAGUGCGCAAGAAGGGGAAAGUCUUCUUCUGAAGGGAAGCUCUUAGAUUCCAUACUGAUUGCUCUGCUUGAUGGUGCCCUAUUGCAUGGAGCAAGCAUUCCUCUGUGCUCUUUCAAUGUAUGGCCUGCUUCAGAUGAAGACGUAGAUAAAAUUCAAGACCCAUUCUUGCGUGUUCUUGUAUCCCUGUUAUUGACACUCUUUAUCAAGAACUCUAUCUGGGGAAAGGCCGAUGCUUACGUAUUUUUGGAAUAUCUUCUUAAUAAACUAUUCAUUGGUUCAGCAUUAAACAAAUGCUGUUUGAGGAUUUUGCCCUAUAUUUUAAAUGUCCUUAUGAUACCAUUGCACAUGAAACAUACUAUGUCAGAUGGAACUAACAGGGAACUUCCUUCUGAUUCUCCAAAUGAAGGAUGGUUGCAAUGUUCUGUUUCUGAUUGGCUGCAAAAGUCUCUCACAGCUUCACCUAUAACAUUGUGGCCAACAGGGCAACCAGAGUUGGAGGAAUGGGUUCAAGUGGCCUUAUCCUGUUACCCUUUAGGCCCAACAGGAGGAACAUCAGCAUUGAAUUUGGAUUCAUCCAGAGAUGUCAGCCAUGAAGAGAAGAAGUUGUUAUUGAAUUUGUUUCGAAAGCAAAGAUCUGAUAAAGCCUUAGGUGGACGUGAUACUGCAGUAAAAGUAUCAUUAGAUAUAUGUUAUAGUAUGGAAAAUCCAUUAUCAUUGGCAGUUCAGAUGACAUUGGCAAAACUGUUGACAGUUUCAGUAGGUUACUGCUCGGAUGAGUUCGAUGAAGAUGAUUGGAUAUUUGUGCUGUCUCAGCUGCGUAGGUGGAUAGAGGCUAUAGUUGUUGCGUUGGAAGAAAUGGCAGAGACUGUUGAUUAUGCUUUACAGAGUACUCCUGCAUCUGACAACUCAGCAGGCUUUUUGGAAAAACUUGAGAUAGCAGCUCAAGAUUUAGACUCAUCUUCAAUCAAUAUUGCUAAGAUAGCUCUUUUCAUAUUCUCUCGCAUUUGCGGUCUUACCAAAACUGAAGGAGAUAAGUUCGCCAAGAGUUUGGAGUCCUUAAGAACUGCAAUGUGGGAAAAUAUAAGGGAUCGAGUAUUUGAAGAUGUCCUUCGCAUGUUCUUUGCAACGGGUGUAGCUGAAUCAAUUGCAAGUUCGUAUGCUGAACAGGCUGCAUCCAUUGUAGCUUCUACGAGGCAUGCACACUUAAGUUUUUGGGAGCUUGUGUCUGCGACAGUUGUUAAUUCUCCUCAUCAUGCUAACAAGGUGGCAGUGAGAUCUGCAGAAUUGUGGGGACUCUCCAAAGGUCCAAUCAGUUCUUUGUAUGCAAUCCUAUUUUCCUCCAAACCUAUUUCGUCGUUACAGUUUGCUGCUUACCAUAUCCUUUCCACUGCACCCAUUCAACAAUUGGCCAUCACAAAAGAGGUUGGUGGCUUAUGCUUAGAUGAUUCUGGUAAUGAGGACCUUGAAAAGCCUCGUUAUGCAGUUUCAUCUUCUGAAGAACCAUUUUCUUUGAGAGAAGAGAUCUCUUGCAUGAUCAAUAAAACACCAUCAGAACUUGGCUUGGAUCUAGAGGAUCAAGAUCUAGCAAAUUAUUUUGUGUCCUGGUCAUUGUUGCUGACGUAUCUUGAAUCAUUACCUUCAUUAUCACCUGCACGGGAGAGACUUAUUCAGUAUUUGCAAGAUUCAGGGAGCCCUUCGACAAUAUUGGAUUAUCUGUUCUUGCAUAUUCCUCUAAAGCUGGGAUCGUCAAAUAAUUUAAAGAAACGAGAGAGUGAUACCUCAAUUGAAACAACUAGGGCUACUUCUGCUGCAAAAGAGGCCAUUAGGACUUCUUCUUCAUUCUUUGUUGUGAAAUCACUUUGGCCUGUUGGGCCUGAGGAGGUGUCCUCCCUUGCAGGUGCAAUAUAUGGUUUGAUGCUCCGCCUUUUGCCUGCCUUUGUGCGGAGUUGGUUCACCAGUUUACGUGACCGCUCUUUGUCAUCUGCGAUUGAAAUUUUCACGAAAACAUGGUGCAGUCCAGAUCUUCUUUCUGAUGAACUAUCUCAGAUCAAAGGGGUAGUUGUUGCUGAUGAGAAUUUGUCAAUUAGUGUCAACAAAUCAAAUUACGAGGUCACAGCCAUUUACAAAAAGGAAGAAGCUGGAAUGGAUUUGGUCAUCCGUCUUCCCUCUUGUUACCCAUUGCGCCCUGUGGAUGUUGAUUGCACAAGAAUCCUGGGUAUCAGUGAAACAAGACAGAGAAAAUGGAUGUUAUCUAUGGCUGCAUUUGUUCGCAAUCAGAAUGGAGCCCUGGCUGAGGCCAUACAUAUAUGGAAAAGUAAUGUGGACAAAGAGUUCCAAGGUGUGGAAGAAUGCCCAAUUUGUUACAGUAUCAUCCACACUACUAACCAUGGCCUCCCUCGCCUUGCCUGCAAGACCUGCAAGCACAAGUUCCAUUCUGCCUGCCUCUACAAAUGGUUCUCCACCUCUCACAAGUCCACAUGCCCACUUUGCCAAACCCCCUUCUGAUUGGACCAAAUUCACUUACUUCAAAAGCUGGACAGUUCAGUUUGUGUGUAUCUCAAAUAUCUUAUUUUCUUUUGUGAAAGUAUACAUAGUCCUCGGGACUAUAGGAGAACUGUAGUUUGUUGGGGUCACCCCACUCCAUGACAUUGACAGUAGUGGUGAGAGAAUGUUCAGCCACUGGAGUCAUGUCUUGUUCUGAUGGGUUCCACUCUCCAUGGUUGUUCAUUGAAUGGUGAGGGUCCCCCAAUGAGCUAUGGUUUUUGUGUUAUUUUCCUCUUCUACCUUCUCUUUUUUGUUCUUGGUGGAAGUUUUUGGCAGAACCAACAUUCUAUUAUCUGAGCUAAAGCUCAAGAGAUGCGUACAUUAAGGCAUUAAGAGAGUGUGGGGAUGGAGACAAAAGAGGAAAAAUGGCAUUUUGUUGUAGGGCCGACUGGUCGGGGUGGAGCAGUAUUUAUUGAAGAACUGGUCGGGGUGGAGCAGUAUUUAUUGAAGAAUUGGUUUUCAGGUUAAACAGUGGGCUUCAAGUUCAGGAUUAAAACAAAAGAAGAAGAAGAAGAAGAAGAAGAAGAAGAAGAGUUUGUGAUAUGGAAGUCUGACAAGGGGAGAUGAAUGGAAUCUUGUAGGAGAUGUUCAUGGCCUCAGGUUGAGGUUUGCAGGUAUUCAUGGUUAUAUGGCUAUUAAAGUAUUUACUAUACAGGCUUCAAAGCUUUUCAUGUGUAGUGGUGGUAUAAUCCAAUUUUUUACUGCAAAUGUAGUGAAAAGUUUUCACUGCCAAUGUGUUUUGGCGGUUAUACCUUA